AUGAUGGAGUUAGAUUCUCUGGAUAACUCUUUCGACUAUAUGGAGGAAAAUUUUUAUGAAACACCACCUACCAAAAAUCCGCAAAAGCGGAAGGUGACAUUUAACACUCAAAUCUACCAGAAGGAUGACUUGAUUAUGAACUUAAAACAAGAACUUUUGGAUGACAGUGAUGAUGAUCCAACGCCUUCUUUUAACAACAUCCAAAAGGUGCCCUCGAUCAGCGAUCUCUCUGAUCCAGAAGCCUCCCUAGAGAACAGUACAUAUUUGGAUUAG